GGAGGCGGGGUUAGAGUGGGAGGGGGUAUGGGCGGGCCUCCGUCCCUGGUUCCGGGAUUUGAACGGUGGCCUCAGAGGAAAGAAAGCUUGUAGGUAUCCGAAACGUAGGGGUACACGCGAAAGGAUGAAAGAGCGUAGAAGCCUGGGAGUUUAUAAACCCUAGAUUUCGACUGCGCAGAUGUGGAAACUGAAGCUCAAAGAUGUCAAAACUUUGGUUGCUCCACAGUGUUUCCAUAUUUACAUCUGAAGGACAUCACCAUCCACAGGGAAUCCUUCUGUUUGGACUUUGCAGUAGACAUCUUCAGUGACACUGGCAAAUACCUUUGGUAAAUCGAGGAAUUUGUUAACUUUGUAAUGGCCACUUCACAAGCUUCACGAACAGUAGCAUCACAGGUGCCUUUUGCAGAUUUGUGUUCAACUUUAGAACGAAUACAAAAAAGUAAAUCCCGUCCAGAAAAAAUCAAAUACCUCAAGGAAUUUUUAGAUUCAUGGCGGAAGUUUCAUGAUGCUCUUCAUAAAAAUGAAAAAGGAGUCACAGACUCUUUUUAUCCAGCCAUGAGACUUAUUCUUCCACAACUGGAACGAGAGAGGAUGGCCUAUGGAAUUAAAGAAACUAUGUUUGCUAAGCUUUAUAUUGAGUUGCUUAAUUUACCAAAAGAAGGAAGAGAUGCUCAGAAACUUUUAAACUACAGAACACCAACUGGAACUCGUGGAGAUGCUGGAGACUUUUCAAUGAUUGCAUACUUUGUGUUGAAGCCCCGGUGUCCAAAGCAAGGGAGCUUAACCAUACAGCAAGUCAACGAUGUUUUAGACCUGAUUGCUAGCAACAAUUCAGCCAGAAGAAAGGAUCUGGUGAAGAAGAACCUUCUUCAACUCAUAACUCAGAGUUCAGCUCUUGAACAGAAGUGGCUUAUCCGAAUGAUUAUAAAGGACUUAAAACUGGGUUUUAGCCAACAAACUAUAUUUUCUCUUUUUCACAGAGAUGCUGUCGAGUUGCAUGGUGUUACGACUGAUCUAGAAAAAGUCUGCAGGGAACUUCAUGAUCCUUCAGUUGGACUCAGUGAUAUUUCAAUCACAUUAUUUUCUGCUUUUAAACCAAUGCUGGCUGCUGUGGCAGAUAUUCAGCGGGUCGAAAAGGACAUGAAACACCAGAGUUUCUACAUAGAGACAAAACUAGAUGGUGAGCGUAUGCAAAUGCAUAAAGAUGGAGAUGUGUAUCAGUUCUUUUCUCGAAAUGGUUACGAUUACACUGAACAGUUUGGUGACUCCUCACUUAAAGGUUCUUUAACACCAUUUAUUCAUAAUGCUUUCAAAACCAACAUACAAAACUGUAUUCUUGAUGGUGAGAUGAUGGCGUAUAAUCCCAACACACAAACAUUCAUGCAGAAAGGAAAUAAGUUUGAUAUUAAGAGAAUGGUAGAGGAUUCUGAACUACAGACAUGUUACUGUGUUUUUGACGUGUUGAUGGUCAAUAAUAAAAAACUGGGGCAUGAAACUCUGAGGAAAAGGUAUGAAAUUAUUGAUAGUGUUUUUACACCAAUAAAAGGUAGACUAGAAGUGGUACAGAAAACAGAAGCUAACACUAAAAAAGAAGUCAUUGAUGCCUUAAAUGAAGCAAUAGAUAAACGUGAGGAGGGAAUCAUGGUUAAAAAUCCACUUUCCAUUUACAAGCCAGAUAAACGUGGUGAAGGAUGGUUAAAAAUUAAGCCAGAGUAUAUAAAUGAGUUAAUGGACGAACUGGACAUUUUAAUUAUUGGUGGUUAUUGGGGUAAAGGUUCUCGAGGAGGAAUGAUGUCUCAUUUUUUGUGUGCAGUAGCAGAAACACCCCCUCCUGGUGAAAAGCCAUCUGUGUUUCAUACUCUUUGUCGUGUUGGUUCUGGAUACACUAUGAAAGAAUUGUAUGAUCUUGGUUUGAAAUUAUCCAAACACUGGAAACCAUUUCAUAAAAGAGCACCACCAAAUAGCAUCUUAUGUGGUACAGAGAAACCAGAAGUUUACAUUGAGCCUUGUAAUUCUGUCAUUGUUCAGAUUAAAGCAGCAGAAAUUGUCAGCAGUGAUAUGUAUAAAACUGAUUGUACUCUACGAUUCCCUCGAAUUGAAAAGAUAAGAGAAGAUAAAGAGUGGUAUGAGUGUAUGACUCUGGAUGAAUUAGAAAACCUUAGAGGGAAAGCAUCUGGAAAGCUUGCUUCUAAGCACCUUUAUAUAGGUGGUGAUGAUGAAGAACCACAGGAAAAAAAACGAAAAGCUUUGAAGGUUAAGAAAGCUAUUGGAAUCAUUGAGCACUUAAAAGCUCCUGAUCUUUCUAACAUAAACAAAAUUUCUAAUGUAUUUGAAGAUGUAGAAUUUUGUGUUAUGACUGGGACAGACAGCCAUUCAAAACCGGAUCUCGAGAAUCGCAUAGCAGAAUUGGGUGGUUAUAUUGUACAGAACCCUGGCCCAGACACAUAUUGUGUAGUUGCAGGUACUGAGAAUGUGAGAGUGAAAAAUAUCAUCUCUUCAAAUAAGCAUGAUGUUGUAAAGGCAGAGUGGCUCUUAGAGUGUUUUAAGGCCAAAGAAUGCAUUCCAUGGCAGCCUCGCUUUAUGAUUCACAUGUGUCCAUCCACAAAACAACAUUUUGCCCGUGAGUAUGAUUGCUAUGGUGACAGUUACUUUGCUGAUACUGAUUUGGUACAACUGAAGGAAGUAUUCUCAAGAAUUAAAAAUGUGAAGGAAAAUAGUCCUAAAGGAAUGUCUUCAGUAAUUGCAGAUUUAGAAUAUCGUUAUUCCUGGGACAGCUGCCCUCUCAGUAUGUUCCGACAGUGUGUCAUAUAUGUGGAUGUAUAUGCUGUUAUUAAUGACCUCACUACCCAAAUCCAGGGAAGCAGGCUAUCCAUUAAAGCCCUGGAGUUGCGGUUUCAUGGAGCAAAAGUCAUUUCAUGUUUAGAAGAAGGAGUGUCCCAUGUAAUCAUUGGGGAGGAUCACAGUCGUGUUGAGGAAUUUAAAGCUUUUCGUAGAACUCUUAAGAAAAAGUAUAAAAUUCUACAAGAACUUUGGGUAACUGAUUCUUUGAAAAAGGGUGAGUUGCAGGAAGAAAAGCAUUACUUGAUAUGAAACUAGCUUUCCUGAUAAGCAAAGCCCUUCGUUUUGCCCAAGAGGACUCACUGAAGUGGGUAGCUAGCGCAUCUUUAAUGUUUAUGAGUUCAAAACCUGUGCUUACAAAGCAUUAUUAGGUGUAGCAAAGCAAUUUUAAUUUUCAGAAAUUGAAAGGAAAUUGGAUAAUUAAAAGCUGAAGGACUAAAUAUCUUUUCAGCAAAUUAACACUUGAUGAUUUUUAUGGUCAAGAGAAAAUAAUUACUGUUUGUGAAGCAAAGGUGAUUACAGAACAUAGCUCAAGAGAAUUAGAAAUUUCAAUGAAGUGGCAGUAAAAUACAUUUUCAAACAUUUGAAAUAAUUAAAAUGACCCAUUUUAAUAAUAGCUGCUAAGUAAAGGACAUAUCUUUUUUUAUUGGUGCUUUUAAAUACACUGCUUUGGAACUAGCCUGUAUCUCACACAUGAAGGAAUCUAAUUCUACAGAUCUUCCUAAUUCUAAGUUCAUGGUCAUAGACUCUUCCUUACAAUAAGAGAGUAAUAUAUACUACAAGUGUUAAUUUUAAGUUGAUGGUAAGGUACAUUAAUAAAUUGGCAAUAAGGUCUUCAGGUAGAGUAGGAUAAGUUGAACUAGACUUAUUAUUUUGGAUAAUUAAAGUUGGGAUCUAUAUAAUAAAAUUAGGCAUCUUUAAUUUUAAACAAAAGUUAUGUUUCAUAUGUUUUUAAGAAGAUAGUUUUAUCUGCAUCUUGGAUCCAAAAUUGUACACACAGAUUGGCUCUUCUAGAAUUAAUCAAAUGAAAAACUCUUGUAACUUAUACUUUAUAGAGAAAUAAGCUAUUGUAUGUGUCAUUCUGUUUUAAAAACAUUCAUAUUUAAAAUACAUGAAGGGAGAAUUAUUUAUAUUAAAUUAUAUUUUCAGUCUUUGGAGAAUGAAUACUGUUUUUAAUAUUUUGAAUAUUGUUUUGCAAAGCCCGCUUUCCCAUCACAAGACAGAAAUGCAGUUUAAAAAUCAGUACAGUUGGUAAUGAUAGGUGUCUCAUAAGUAUUUUAGAAAUGAUGAGAAUAAACUGUGUGUUUUUGUUGUAUUUAUUUAAAUAAAAUAU